AUGGCUAAUGGACCAUGGAUGGAAAUAUUAAGGCUGUAUGCCCAUAGAACCGGAGUAUUUAGACCUAUAAAGGCAAAUGAACAGGGGAAACUACGGAGUAGUAUACAGAAAAACUUCAAAGAAUUCAUGGAACAUAUAAUAAGCAAAAGCUGGAUUGAACUUUAUGGGUCAAACUGCAAUAGCUUUGAAAAGGAGUAUUUGCAGGAAAACGACAAUGACAAAGACGGAUCAGGUAUGACGAUGACUCAGGAAGAUAAAGUUGCUUGCAACUCAAUGAUCGGUGCAUUACUCUUUGUGAAUGGAUGGAAUAUAAGUACAACGCAUAGGCACAGGGCGAAGGGCAGUGAGCAGGAGAUAGAUGAUUUCGUAAGGUGUGCUAUAGCAAAUAUAUUUAUGUACAGACUUGAGGAAUUAUUCUGUGAUGCCAAAAGGGGUAUACAGUACGCGUGGCAUGUAAUGAAGAGAAUGGAAUUACCGAACAUGGAGAAUUUAAUUAGGGACGGGAAAUGUAACAAGAACAUGUCCGGAUAUGGGACAGGGUGGGAUGCAUCGGCAAAAAAGAAGGUUAAGAGUUUGUUACAGACCAAUGGAGAAAUAGUAAAAGGGGUAGAACGGCAAGGAAUGGUAAAUAAGUGUGAGCAACCAAUGCAAUCUAAGGUAGAAGAAAAGAAGCAAGCAGACACGGUAACACAAGUGAAGUCGAAGGACGAGACGGAAACUAAAAGUGAAAGAAUGAGGGACAGAUUUUCAUUUAAUUCAUCUUCUAUAGAGGCACCGGAAGUAAAAGCAACAGGGGGUGUAGGCAUGUGGCAGUAUUUAAUAUUAUUAUGGGAUGAUUAUAUUGAGACAAGGAAUAUAGGGGUCCAGAAGGAGGAUAUAGUGCACUUUGGGGAACAUUUCUGGAGAAAUGUGCAAACAGUAUGGACACAAUUUAAAGAAUAUAUGGAACAGGAGGAAAGUAAGGGUACAAUGAGAACAUCAUGUGAAGCAUUAAUAGACCCGGAGACUAGUGGAAGCGGAAGUCAGAGGGACACAGAUAUAUGCGAGCUAACACUUAUAGCAUUACAUUUCAAACAUAAUAUUCAUUCAGCGGUAGCCGCUGCGACCGGAGAGAAUGUGGACAGUGGGCGAAGUAGGAUGGAUCCGGUGGAAGCGUAUAUGAGAUGUAUCCUAGUAAAUAUAUUUAUGAAAAAAAUAAUAGGCAAAAGGUGCUUGGAGAUGGAUGGUGGACAGCAAGCAUUUAAUUUAGCGCAUGGGAUAUUGCACAAUUUAGGAGGAACCAAGGUAGGUAAUAUUUCAUGUGAAGAGAAGGAUGCAGGGGAGGGGGGUCAGAGGGGGGUGAAAGCAGAAGAUAGAGAUUUCUGGGGAAUAAUGACAAGAUGGUUUGAGAGGAAUAAGGAAAAAAUAAGGGACGGAGAUGUAGGAAUAUUAGGAAGCAGUUGCAAGGUGGAAAAGAAAGAAACAGCAAAAGGAAGGGAAGGGAAAAAACAAGAGAAGGUACUGAAGGAAGAAAUAAAGGAAGAAAUAAAGAAUGUGAAGAAGGAGAUAGAACAGGAGGUAUCGAAAAUAUUGGAAGGCAUAGGAAAAUGUAGUGGCAACGAUAGCGAUUGUAUAAAGAAGUUAUUGGAGAAAGAAAAGGAGGAAGAAAAGAAGAAGAAUGAACCCUCUGCAGAACCUCCGGAAGUAGAAAAGGCAAGUAAGGGAUCACAGCACGUACAAACAACAUCCUCAUCCGGAGUACCGGAAGCACCAACUGCAGACCCAGGACCUGUACUCGCGGGACCGGCGCCGCCAUCAGGAGGAAGAUCAGAGGAAGUUGUGGAAACACCACCGCCAGCACCGCCGCCGGAACAGCCGCGUCCAGUACCACCCGUAUCGGUAGCGCCGGAAGCAACAGGAGCAUCCUCAGGUAAGGGCAGUACGCGCAACACGGACACAACACCUGUCCCUGCACCUAAGGAUGUACCAUCUACAGGUAAGGGUCCUUCUCGAGGUAGAGCAGAGACUGAUUAUGGGGAAAGCACAAAGAGUAUAUACAACCCAGACAACGCUGUUGCAGGUACUACUGUGACGGCUGUAUCUACAUAUGACCCUUAUCCACCGGACCUCAAGGAAAUUCUUGAAAAAAUAUCCGUACAACCAGGAUCUGGUGGUCAGGAUGAUUCUAAGGAUAAGAAGGAUGACAGUACACAGGGGCAGGCUCCAGUAGAAGAACUUGCAGAAUCGGCGGGAGCAGGAACACGGGACUCGGUACCAUCCACAGAACAGGUACCAUCUCAGGUGUCUCACCCUUCGGGAGAACCAGUUACCUCCACUGAUCCUGAUAAGGACGUUCAGAAGGGUUCAACCGGUACAAACUCAGAAACAUCAUCAGAGAAUACACCCACGGCACCUUCAGCAUGGGGUGACUUUGAUCUUGGUGCCGCCAGCGAUGCCUUUGAGAACUUUGAGACGGGGGGUAAUAUCCAAAGUACUACACCCAGUGGUAAGGUUUUCGGGAUAUCACCGGAAGCAGUGCCCGGAGUGAAUGUUCCUGGGUUAGAGAGCCCCGUAGGAUCCUAUGCACCACCUACUGUGACAGUCCUAAAAACUGAACGAAAAAUUGAACUUCAGCAGAAACCCAAGGGGAAUAGUGGUCCCGAUGCACCCGACCUAACCAACGCUGUCCUUACCGCCAUUACCCCGAUCCUGUUUUUUCUCACUUCCGUCAUCGUCGCCCUCCUUGGUUAUUCCCUAUGGAAGUACUUUGCUUACCUCGCCAAACACCGACGCACAUAUCGAACCGUUCGUGACGUGCCGUCACCGCCACUCGACGAAGAAAUAUUGGAGCAUCUACAACGCGGCGAACUCCCACCAACCGAUUUCGGGUACACGAUGGUUAGGGAUAGGCAACCUGCGUCAACACCCGCCCGACGACGACGUCAUCCGCGCGUGCAUAAACGCACGAUCAUCGAGCUACAUCUAGAAGUGCUCAACGAAUGUGAAGCGGCCGAAUGGGAAAACGUCAAAGACGACUAUUUGCAGAUUGUUGUGGAGGAGUUUGCACAGCAGUUGAUGCAGAACGAGGACACAAAUAACAAUAUCUUGGGUGUUUCUACCUCACACGCCGCUUUAGCAACCCACGAUUCGACAACCCGCGCUCCACCCACUGACUUCGACGGCACAGAUCCAUGUCCACUGAACGACCCCGAUGCAUGGAAUUGUAUGGAAACCAUACAGUUAGCAACCGACCCUUGUCCACAUAACGAAGAUGACCCCGAUCCAUGCAGUUGUAUGGAAACUAUACAGUUAGAACAAGAAGAGAGUCCUUCUGCCCCUCCAUCCUCUUCCGACCCCUGGAAUGAAUGCCCGACCCCCGACCACACUAAUUGGAUUAACUGGAUUGACCGCAACAAACACAUUUUGCGGGAGUGCACGACGCAGCCCUGGUUUCUGCAAUUAAAAGCGGAAUGGAAACAAUACCUGCGUGAGCACAUGGCGGAAAACGCCGACCACGGAGUAUCCGCGCACCGUGAGUUCGGUGAAUCGACAAUCCUGCAGAUGCAGAAACUGCACUUGUGGAAAGAAUGGGUUGCCCAACAACAUCGGCAAAUGCGUAUGUAUGGCCAGCAGGAGUGGUUUCAACAUUUGUUGAAUAAUGUAGAGGAGGUGACAGUACCGCAACACGGCGAAAUACCUGGAGUGGAAAAAGGCAUAGAAGUGGAGAAAAUAAUGGCCGCAGCAGAUAUGCUAAGAGUGAGAGAUGCACCACGCUCGCAACCACCCCAUGAGCAAUCCUACCAGAAGAAACAACUCAUAGCCAAAUUGUGGAUACUCACCCUAGGUUUGAUCAUAGAAGAGUGUGAAAUGGAGCAGAAUAUGAAGGAGACGGAGUUAUAUGUGGAUAAAUUGUUGCAAAACAUUUGA